AUGGAUGUGCGGGGCCAAUUUGCCUCUUUCUGGCUAAAUCAUACUCUUGUUGUGCUGCUUAUACUCUUUCAACUGCCUAUCCUGUCCCGAAUAAACAACUCUCUCCGUGACAAGAUGUUUAGAGCUAACCUCCAUUUACAUCCACAUCCAAACUCUCAAUCGAAGCUUGUGUCAGGACCUCCGGGUGCUUUCCCAACCUUUACAAAUAUCACCAAUAAUGGCACGGACUUCUCCCGUACAAUCAUUCUGACGCCGGAUACACCCAUUCAACCUAUCGGUAGGAGUAGCAGAAACACGUCAAAGGGUUUGGUAGCCGACCGGAACAAUGGUUUCUUUGAGUCAGCUGUGAUGAGCCGAGCACAUGCUGAAGUCCGGCUUAUUUUGGAGCCAGAACGGAAGAUAAUAAUCAAAGACACCAAGUCUAUGCAUGGUACUUUUGUGAACGGAUUACAACUCGUUGAAGAAGAAACUGCAGAGUUACGACAAGGUACUGAAGUCACGUUUGGCUGUGAAGUUACAAGAGGCGAAGAGGUUUUCCCCCCGAAAACAUUUCGUUGUGAUAUUGUGUGGGAAGAUAUGACUCCACCAAAGGCGCCCGAGACUUCGGCAACGUUGGGCUUGGCCGAAACAGGCAAGAUCCGUGGUUAUGGAGUAACUGCAGAGGAUCUCACGUAUCACUCAGGAGAAGACUUCGAAGAUGAAGAAGGUGGAGAGGAUGAUGAGGAGGAAGACGACGAAGAGGAUGCAGAAAUGUCCUAUCUAGACCUCCCGCCCUCUGAUGAAGACAAGGCUUCUUCUUUCUUUGGUGAAUCUUCGCCCAGUUCUACAACUGACUCACCCAUAACACAAACCAUAAAGCCUGCAUAUGUUGGAGCAUCCACCUCAAAGGCACCUUACUACGCAGAUGAGGAUAUUCCUGUUAGCCAUGAGCGGAGCACAAAGGAUAUGUCAGUUGAUGCCUUGACAAAAGAUUCGGAGCGUGAGGAACAACUGAAGAGGAAAAUCGAGGAGAUGACAUCUAGGAAAGAGAAUGUCCCCGAACCCAAUUACGAUUUUGCUGGAAUGCGAACAACUACCGGCCAAAGGGUUUCAAUUGGAAGUUUAAUGAACAAAACUGCGGACUCUAAUGCUCAUUACCAGGGCGAAAAGGACGAAAAUUCUGUCGAAGUUAUUCCGAAGGAGACAUUUCUAGCCUCAGCCAAGGCUAAGGUUUCAUCUGAAUCAAAAUCUAAGAAACCUAUUAUCAUCGAAGAUGAUGUAGAGAUGUUUUAUGAGGAAGAUGAAUUGCACCUUAUCGAUACUAAAGAUGGUGCUGAACAGGAUGAGGAUGAAGAUGAUGAAGAUGAGCAGAUGUCUUCUGAGGAAGAGGAAGAGAGAGAUGAGGAGGAGGAGGAGGAAGAAGAUGAGGAGGAGGAGGAGGAGGAAGAGGAAGAUGAGGAGGAAGGCGAAGAAAACGAUAACGGUGAAGGCGAAGUAAAAAAGAGAGAGUCUUAUCUUUGGCCCAACUUUUAUGCAGGUAUCGACGCACGAUCUCAUGUAGAACCGAGGCCUAUGACCCCCCCAACUAUUGCGACAGCUUGUAAGACUUCGGCUGCCCCUCUCGAUCCGCUUCUGGCACCAAUUCCCUCGAAACCGAGCUUCCGAUCGCCUAUUGAUGAGUUAACUCAUGCUGCCGCCGCCGCUGCUGCAAUGCAGGCACCUACACCGCCCUCAAUAGCUAAACUCCCACCGCUAUCAAAACUCCACACUGAAACUAUAAUUAAAAAGACUCCUUCCGGGGCUUCCCAUAUUCAUUGGCUAGGGGACAAGACACCAACCCAGGGGCCCUUCCCUCUUUUCCCCGAAAUGGCACUUUGUAACAUGGAACGCAAGAAGGAGUAUUUUGAAGCAAGAGAAGUCAACGGUACUCGGAUAAGAGAUACACGAAUUUCAAAUGAGAUGCAUGCUGUCUAUUCCCAAACCCUUCGUUCGGGGUCGAAGUCACCUGCACAGCCAUACAUUGUUGAUGGUGUUCCAUGGGUACAUGGUUCAAAGAGCAAUGAAACACCAGAGGAAGCGGCAUGUUUGUUCCCGGUAACUUCGGAUUCUGAUAAAUACAAUCCAAUGAAGGGUAUGGCCGAUGAGGCCAUGCCAUCUCCACCGGCAACCAUAACUUCUCAGGCAAAGAAGCUCUCAGAAGACGCUGCGCCAAUUGUUGAGAAAAACAAAGAGGCCUUUGAAACCAGAUUUCCAAAUUGGUGGCCACAGUGCGAAGUGGCUUUCGACAAUGAAGAAAACUCUGAAGUGCGCUGGGAUGAUGAAGAGGUUGUGAACGACCAAGAUGGGGAGUAUGAUGAAGAGGAAGACAACAUGGAGCAAGACCCGGAAACUGGGGCUGAAGAUGAUUUGGACGAUGCAAACAUUGAGGAUGAAUUUGAUGAGGAAUACGAUGAUGACAUGGAGUCCGAGUUUGAAGAGGAACAGCAGGAUGAUGAUAUUCGCACAGAUUUGAGCGAGUAUGGAGGUUCACACACACAAGCUCCGGCCAUAUUUCAAAAGGCGUUCAAUAUUGCUUCGUCUUCUGUCACGUCUUCCGAUAAUUCGGGUUUUGGAAGGACAAGUGCAUCCGAGGCUGGCAAGGGAGAUUUUACCAAAUCUCGUGGAUUCUCUAUAAGCAAUCUUGUAAACGAGAAUACUGUCACCCCAAGGCCUCAGCCGGCAGUGACUGGUACCUUUUACCCUGCCCGAGCCCCCUUUAGGACGCUUCAUCAAAGUCCCGAACAGCUUACACCCCAAAACACAGCAAAUAUUUCAUCUCCUCAAAUCAGGAAAGAGAAUUCUAUGGCUGAUCUUCUUAACCCUACUUCUCCGGCAGCGGGAUCGAAGCAGAUGGGUUUUCUUGCCGGCGGCAACACCGGUACUCGUAACCUUGAUGAGACCGAUGAUGAUCUUGAGCACCAGGAGGAGAACAAAGAAGAGGGAUGGAAGAAGACACUCAUGUCACCUACUAACCCUACGGAGAGCGGUGAUCCAUCGAAGAAAGCUCCUACCGUAACAGCGAAUACCGCAGUGCAGGUCUCUGCGGCCGAUAUUAAAAUGGCAGGAGCGGGAGGUGAAGUUGAUGCCGAGCCUCCUAGGAAGAGGGCAAAGACAACUAGUAGCGGUCGCCAAAUUGCGAAAUUUGCUGCAACUGCUCUGGUCGGCGCUAUUGUUGGGGGUGUUGGCGUGUUUGCGGCCUUGGUUGCGACUGCCCCUGUGGACCUUUGA